AUGCCGCCACGAUGUGAAGGGGCCCCUCGGGGGGCCCCCCGAGGCCCUGCAGAGCAGCAGGGGCCCCCCGAGACCCUUUCUGGGGGCCCCCCUUUGGGGGCCCCUGGGGAGUCUUUGGGGGGCCCCCCCGAGGACCCGCCUGAGGAGCCUGCUGCAGCACGGGGGCCCCAAGGGGGCCGCGCUGCUGCUGCUGCUGCUGCUGCUGCUGCUGCUGCAGCGAGCAGCGAGUUUGAGCUGCCGCUGCUGCUGCUGCACCCCUCCGCCGAGGGGCCCCCCGAGGGGCCCCCGGGGCUGGGGGCCCCCCCAGUUCGGGAAAGUUGGCAAGAAGAAGUUUCUGCUUCAGUUGCUGCUGCCUUUAGAGACCUCCGCAGCAGCGUGUUUGCGAGGAGCAGCAGCAGCAGCAGCUGCAGCGGCAGCAGCAGCAGCAGCUGCAGCAGGCCCUUCCGAAAGGGCCUCGGGAAGUCCAUGCUGAAGACAGCAGCAGAAACUGCAGCAGCAGGCGCAGCAGCAGCAGCAGCAGCAGAUAAGGCAGCAGCAGCAGCCCUGCAGGCCAAACCCGGGGCCCCAGAAGAGGCCACGAGAGGGCCCCAGCAGCAGCAGCAGCAGCAGCAGCAGCAGCAGCAAACUGCAGCAGCUCAACCACCACGCGGGGAGCCCCCCGUGGGGCCUCCUGGGGGCCCCCCUGGGGGCCCCCCUGAGGGGCCCCAGGGCCCCCAGGGGGCCCCCGAGGGGCCCCUGGGGCCAACAGAGCCCCGGGGGCCCCCCUUGGGGUCACUGCAGCAGCAGCUCAGCGAGGGGCCCCCCAAGGGGCCCCCCUUGGGGGCCCCCAGGGGGCCCCUGCAAGGGGCCCCUCAGGAUCCUCCUGAGGCACUGGGUGGCGCUCGGCAUGAACCCGCUGCUGCUGCUGCUGCUGCUGCUGCUGCUGCUGCUGCUGCUGCUGCUGCUGCUGCUGCUGCUGAGAGGGUCUCCCGGGACUGCGAGGCGCAUGAGGGGGCAGCAGAUCUGCAGUCGGAGUUUCUGUCUGCCUAUACAAUUCAGCCGCAGCAGAUUGCUGCUGCAGCAGAAGCAGCAGCAGCAGCAGCAGCAGCAGCAGCAGCAACAGCAGCAACGAGCGAGGCCGGAGACACCGAAGAUGCUGACAAAGAAACAGCAGCAAAGCAAGGCAGCGAUGCUUCCUCUAGCUCGCCAUCAGCAGCAGCAACAGAAGCAGCAGCAGCAGCAGCAGCAGCAACAGCAGCAGCAGCAGCAGCAGCAGCAGAUAAACAGGGGCCCCCAGCUGAGAGCCACUGGGCAGCAAGCCCAAAGAGGGGCCCCUCAUUGGCAGGCUCUCCCUCUGCAGCAAAGUGGGGCCGCAGCAUCUUCAGGAGGCCUGCGGGCCCCUUGAACUUGCGGCAGCCGGUGGAGCGCUCAUUCGUAUCCACAACCACGACAAUGCAGAGCAAGGGCUUGCUAGGCUGCAGCCGUGCGAACGUGAGAGGAGUGUUUCCUGUGGCAGUGAGGGGCCGCAGCACCAAAUCUAAGCAGGCCCUGUCCCCGGUCUGGCGACAGCGCAGCGCUGUGGUCUGCAACAAUAUCCCCCAAAGGCGAAUGGCUGGCAGCAGCAGGCCAAACGGGGGUGGUUUUCUUAUGGUCUGUUCCGGGGCCCCGGGGGCCCCCGGGCCUGCGGGGCCCCCGGGGCCCCCCGGGGCCCCCCGUCUCUCCGGGGCCCCCGGGGGCCCCCGGGGCCCCCCCGCCAACCCCUCGCACUCCUUGUCGGGUUCCCCCGGGCGCGGCGUGCGGUUCCCCCGAGGAGGGCCCCCCGGGGGCUGGGGUUUCCUGAAAGACCGCCCGGACCACUGCCUGACUGGCCACGGGGCUUCAGUGAUUUUGCUGUGUUGGGCGCCAACAGCAAAACUGUCUUUGCUGCUUUCUGCGAGUUUGGAUAAAACGAUUCGGCUGUGGAGGCCCUCGAAGGGUUUGAGUGCAAUUGCUGUGUUGCGCUGCACGGACUGGCCCACCAGCGCCUCUUUCCACCCCAUUUUCAAGGACGUGAUCUUCACCGGCUGCCUCGACGCCACCAUUCAGGUCUGGAGACUUCUCUCCACGAGGGCCCCCGGGGGCCCCCGGGGGGCCCCCCAGCAGUUCGAGUCCCGAAUAGUGGAGUAUUUGAAAGUUCCCGAGUUGGUGACGGCUCUUUCCAUAUCCCCCAACGGAGGCAUUUUGGCUGUUGGCUUUCGCAAUGGCAGCAUUUCUUUCUACGACGCACGAACGCUGAAGUUUUGUUCGGAGGUUGACUGCAAGAAUAGAAAGGGAAAAUUUGCCAAGGGAAGAAAGGUGACAAGCCUGGAGUGGCUGCCUGAUGGGACUUCUCUGCUGGUGGCCACCAACGACUCGCGCAUUCGCAUCUUCGACGUUUCUAGCCUGACUUGCGUCUACAAGUUCAAAGGCCAUGUAAAUGCCCAGAUAAUGCUGAGGGCCAGCUACACAGCCAAUGGCCUUGGAGUAGUCUGCGGCAGCGAAAUUGGCCGCAUUUCUUAUUGGAGGGUUGGAGGCCCUGCAGCUGACUUGCUGGACAGCCAGAGGACGCGUUUGCCUCACUGGAAGAGGGUGACAAACAGUUCGCUCGAGGAGUUCAAAGCAUUUGACGAGCUGCUGACUUUUGCUGUUGCUGCUCCCCCCGCCUUUUCUGCUGCUCUUUUCUCUUACCUGUCUAUACACCCGCUGCCCAGCAGGGCCCCCCAGCUGUCGCGCAGGCCGACGCAGCAGCAGCAGCAGCAGCAGCAGCAGCAGCAGCAGCAGCAGCAGCAACAGCAGCAGCAGCGGCAGUUUCGCUCGGGAAUCAGCAGCAUUUCUAGCAGCCCUCCCUCUGUCUCUUCAGUGUCAAUGAAUUCCAAAAGAAAUAAAAUAAAACAAUUUUUAGGUAUCAAGAGAAACAGCAGCAGCAGCAGCAGCAGCAGCAGCAAAGUCCAAAACGACAGCAGCGGCAGGGGGGCCUCUGGGGAGUCUCUUUGCGAGCCUGCGCCCGCAGCAGCAGCAGCAGCAGCUGCUGCUGCUGCUGCUGCUGCAGUUUCGCCUGCUUGCAGCAACUCCAAGCCGUCGCCCACAGCAGCAGCAGCAGCAGCGCCAUCAGCAGCAGCAGCAGCAGCACCGUCAGCAGCAGCAGCACCGUCAGCAGCAGCAGCAGCGCCGUCAGCAGCAGCGACAGCGCCGUCAGCAGCAGCGGCGGCGCCCUCAGCAGCAGCAGCACCGCCGCCAGCAGCAGCAGCAGCAGCAGCAGCACCGCCGCCAGCAGCAGCAGCAGCAGCAGCAGCAGCAGCAGCAGCAGCAGAGUGCGACUCGGACGACAGCGACUUGUGUGCUGCUUCUCUUGCUGCACUUUCUGUUGCUGAUGCUGCUGCAGCAGGGGCCCCCAAGGGGCCCCCCGACAGCAGAUCUUUUUGCUGGAGGGCUGGAAAGAGAAUUCAUUUGGGUUUGCCAGCGAGCUGCUACGAGCUUUGCAAGCAGCAGUGA